UUGCUAUCGGCGUUGGGUCUGCGGACACUUACUGCUGUUGUUGGCGAGGAAACUAUAUACUUGUCGUUCUCUUAACUUUUCCAUCUUUUAAUUUAAGGAUUUUUUAGAGUAUGGUUUUUAAGUGUUUCGUUUUUAGACGCAUUUCUAUGGAAGAACAAAGCAAUCAAAUAAUAGUUGAAAGUAAUUUCAACGAGAGGGAUACCUUCAGAGAAUCCUGAUCUUCGGUCUCGCCAGCCGGAGUUGCGAGAAAAAGGGUUUGGUAGCAUUCAUCUGCCUUGUCUUCACUGCAUCACUCCAGCCAUUUGCUAGAUUUCCUAACUUCUUCAAUCUUGGUGAAAGAAAAAAAAAAUGGUUGGAUUCGGACCUGCUGAUGUGCCCCCCACAGCCACUGUGAAGUUUGUUGGGGCAGGUACUGCGGCCUGCAUCGCUGACUUGUUCACCUUUCCGCUGGACACAGCCAAAGUCAGGCUACAGAUCCAGGGUGAGGCUAAAGCUGCCACUGCUGAUGUCCAGAUGAUGAGGUACCGCGGCGUCUUUGGCACCAUUACCACUAUGGUGCGUACAGAGGGGCCCAGGAGUCUGUACAACGGGCUGGUGGCAGGGCUCCAGAGACAGAUGAGUUUUGCCUCAGUCCGCAUUGGGCUCUACGACUCUGUCAAGCAGUUCUACACCAAGGGUUCAGAGCAUGUGGGAGUCGGCAGUCGCCUGCUGGCGGGUUGCACCACUGGUGCCAUGGCAGUUGCUGUGGCUCAGCCCACAGAUGUGGUGAAGGUCCGCUUCCAAGCACAGGCCAGCAGCGCUGGUGGCAACAAACGUUACCACGGCACCAUACAUGCAUACAAGACCAUUGCCAGGGAGGAGGGCAUCCGUGGGCUGUGGAAAGGAACUUCCCCUAAUAUUGCCCGCAAUGCCAUUGUGAACUGCACAGAGCUCGUGACUUAUGACCUCAUCAAAGACGCUCUCCUGAGAACCACUCCAAUGACAGAUAACCUUCCAUGCCACUUCACUUCUGCAUUCGGAGCGGGCUUCUGCACCACCAUCAUUGCCUCCCCUGUGGAUGUGGUGAAGACAAGAUACAUGAAUUCUGCCAACGGCCAGUAUCGCAGCGCCUUAAACUGUGCUCUCAUAAUGCUUACAAAGGAGGGGCCCACAGCUUUCUAUAAGGGGUUCAUGCCCUCUUUCCUGCGGCUGGGCUCCUGGAAUGUGGUGAUGUUCGUUACCUAUGAGCAACUGAAACGUGCCAUGAUGGCAGCUCGCCACAGUUGGGCUACUCCUCUGUGAACAUUGCUGAUAUCACUUCCUGCUGCGUUUAAACUCCUAGCUCAUCUACCUCUUUUGUAGUUCUUUCUCUCGUUUCAUCACUGGUUGCUCACUUAAGUGUUUCCCAAGGCUAAAAGCUGGACUUACUUUUAAAGCCUAUUACAGAAGCU